AUGCCUUCCAUCUCUCGCACCAUCCUCAUCGCCCUUCUGCCCUUUGUCACGGCCGGUCCCGUGAUCCGGCAGUUCAACUGGGGUAGCAUUGGCACCGGCACCGGCACCAGCUCCAGCUCCAGCAGCGGCUUCGGAAGCUCGACGCAGAACGGCCUCUCGGGCGACUGCAAGGCCGUGACUGUCAUCUUCGCCCGCGGCACCACCGAGACCGGCAACGUCGGUACCGCCACCGGCCCGCCCUUCUUCGAGGCCCUCGCGUCGAAGCUGGGCGAUGGCAAGCUGGCCGUUCAGGGCGUUGAAUACGCCGCCGAUGUGGCCGGCAUCAUGCAGGGUGGCGACACGGCUGGCUCCGCUAAGAUGGCCAGCCUUGUCCAGCAGGCCAUGACCAAGUGCCCCAGCACCCAUGUCGUCGUUUCUGGCUACUCCCAGGGCGCCAUGCUCGUCCACAACGCCGCCAAGUCGCUUUCCUCCGACGUGACGGGCAAGAUCGCCGCGGCUGUUACCUUUGGCGAUCCCUACCAGAAGCAGGCCGUCACCGGUGUGAGCGCCAACCGCUUCAAGGUUUUCUGCCACGCCGGCGAUGCCGUUUGCUCCGGCACUGGUGUCAUCACCGCGGCUCACUUGACUUACAGCCAGGAUGCUGAUGCUGCGGCUGCGUUUGUUGUCAGUGCUAUUGGAAAAUAGGGGGAUUUUAUCAGAGGGACGCUAGACUAGUCCGCCGUUUUCACCACAUGUACUUAUUGUUCAGCUA